GAACAAAACCUCAAGUUUAUAUUGAACUUCAGUUAGCUGUAUUUUUUUAUAGACUUAGUUCUACUGAAAGUUUAUUUGGAGUUUGUUCAAGAUUUGGAUUAGGAAAAGGAACAUCUAGUUCUGUUUAUGAUGCUCAAAUAUAUAGAAAUUCUUCUUUUUAUAAAAACUAUUUUAACCUUAUUCAAGAAGAUGAUUACCUUUUAG